AGUGUGUGGUCUAGGAUUCGAGGCCGAACUCUAGAUGUGGCCUUCCAUUAUGCCCUCCGCUGUACUGUCUCUGUCGGAUUGCGAAUGAAACCCAAGAACUAGGCGAGAGUAUUGCGAUGGAAGACAAAUGCCGAACGGAGGGGAGGCCACCUUGGAGGGGGCCCACGAUUUCCUCUCAGCAGCGCCUGCUGUAGAAAGACUGAAAAGAGAGAGAGUCCCUCGGAUUGGGUUGAAAUUAUAGAUAUAUCACGACGAUGUUCCUCACACAGACUGGAGCUCACAUACCUCUAUUCAUGAUUGUUUCGGUUUGACGGCAUUCGUUCUAUUCUCCACCAUCUUCAAGUCGGCACCUGCAUGUACAAACACAAUAGAAAACAUGUUCCCCUAUCCACUCUCCAUCUCGCUGGCCCUCCUGGGUCUGCCCCUGACCCGGGCCGCCAUCCCCUCCAUCUCGGGCUUCACGCUCACGUGGGGCGAGGAUUUCAUCGGCACGGCGGGCAGCCUGCCCAAUACAGGCAACUGGAUUAUCGACACGGGUACUAGCUACCCGGGAGGCGCCUCAGACUGGGGCACGGGCGAGAUCCAGACGUACACAAGCAGCCCUAACAACCUGCGCCUCGACGGCGACGGAAACCUGGUCAUCACGGCCAUCAAGGACAGCGCCGGGUGGACCUCGGCCCGCAUUGAGACGCAGAGGUCGGACUUCAUGGCUGCUGCGGGCGGCAAGAUGCGCAUCCAGGCGAGCUUGAACUUGCCUUCCGUUUCCAACCCGAUAGGGUAUUGGCCCGCGUUUUGGACGUUGGGGGCUGCUUAUCGGGGGAAUUACCUGAACUGGCCCGAAAUCGGCGAAUUCGACAUCAUGGAAAACGUCAACGGCCUCAACCGCAUCUGGGCCACGCUACACUGUGGCGUCAACCCGGGCGGCCCAUGUGACGAGACCAACGGGCUUGGCGGCAACCUGGCCACGGGUUGUCCUGGCUCCAACUGCCAGGGCAAUUUCCACACGUACACGCUCGAGGUCGACCGCUCGCAAGAGCUAGAGCAUCUCGCCUGGUUCGUCGACGGCGUCCUGUUCUGGCAGGUCAUCGAGACGGACGUGCCCUUGGACGUCUGGGAGCAGACCGUGCAUAACCCGCAUUUCAUCCUUUUGAACUUGGCUAUGGGUGGCGCUUUCCCUGAUGCGAUUCAAGGGUCCACGACGCCGGUUGAGGCGACGAGUUCCGGGGGUAUGUAUCAGAUCGCUUAUGUGGCGGUUUACAACGCAUGAUGAUCCUGAUGGUGUUAGGACUCACGGUCUGCUUCCUAAUUCUUUUCCUUAUGAAUCUUAUGGUCGUUUCUUUCUUUUCUUUUUACUUUUAUUAUUUGCUCAUGUGCGGCGUCCUUUGAAUUUGUAUAUAGCAGCACUCUGGCUUUGGGAAUAGUGUUAGUCGGAUGCGGUAACGUCUGUUGUACAUAUUGCUCCACAUACCCAAGUGUUUAUACAUUCAUAUCAGAAGUUAUUUAGGUUCAUU